CCACCCUGAACACAUGUUCAACAUCCUCUGGGCACAGGCAAAGCACAGCACUGAGACACAGCUGAGAAUUAGACAGAAAGAGAGAGAGAGAGGGAGUGAGAGAGGGAGCAGUGAAGUGGAAAUAUGGGUGAGCAUCAGAGGAAGACAGAAAUAGAGCGAUAAAGCAGUGAAUUAGACAGCGGCAGAGAAGAGGAGGAGGAAGAGGAGGAGGAGGAAGAGGAGGGAUACAGCGCGUCUUUCACCGUGGCAGUGAUGCUUUGUGCAGACAAGGUUAUAUUCUUGUAGCCUUCUUCUUAUCCCCCCCACCCCUCACACCCACCCAACCCACACCCCUCCCUCUUGUUGUGGGUGGAUGUGAGAACCUCAUGGAUUUGCUCCCGCUGGAAUUCAUCGCAACUGGAUCCAGAACAGCUGCAACACUGAACUGAGGAUGCGACGGCCGUGGCUGGAUGCUCCGAUCUGCGUGGGCCUGUGACGUUUGCCGUGUCGAGCCGUGCAGUGCCGUGCCGUGCUGUAGUACCUCUUCUUUCUCUCUUCUCCUUUUAGGAUGGCUACAGAGACACUGACCCAGAUUAUGGAGUCGUGGCUCUUCCUCUUCGGCUGCAGCUCCGGUGGUGUUGGUGUGUAAACACUAUGCAGAGGAUGCAUGCUCCAGACCUUGGCCACUGCUGCCUCUGCUGACACCCGUGUCCGUGGAUACACACAGCGCAACGCCUCCACGACUGAUCCAUAAUAAUAAUAAUCCCCAGCUGGAGAACAAACAACAUCUGGGCGUACAGAGAAAGGAGAGGGGGAAGUCUCAGCAGGGGAGGUGGCAGAUGGUGACACUGCAGCAGCACUUCUCCAGUAUGGAGGAGACAGUGCGAACAUUACUGCAGAACCAGGACUCACUGGAAGGCCCUAAAGUGGACCCACUGGACCUCAUGAAAGCAUAUAAGGACAAACUCCUCGAGGAGAUGUGGAAGCAGCAGGACAGUCUGGAGGGUCCCUCAGCCACAGCGGCAGAGACCACGGCUUCGCCGGAGGCUGACGGUGGAUCUGAGGAAAACUCAAAGGACAGCAACCCCCUGCUAGAACGACUCCGAGCCCUGGAGGCGGAGAACUCUGCUCUGUCGAUAGAAAAUGACAACCAGAGGAAGCAGUAUGAACGCUGUCUGGAUGAGGUGGCAAACCAAGUGGUCCAGGCUCUCCUCACACAAAAGGACUUGAAAGAGGAAUGUGUGAAGCUGCGGACCCGUGUGUUUGACUUGGAGCAGCAAAACCGCAUACUGAGCGUGCUGUUUCAACAACGUGUCAAAAUGUCCACGACUCCUGUCUCCCAGGACAUUCAAAGGAAUGGCAAAGCAGGUGGUCCUGCCGGUAGGUGGCCCAGCCUACUCAGUCUAACAUGCCCACGAAGCAGUGGCAGCGGCAGUGGCAGCGAACUGUCCUUAUCCAGUGCAUGUAGUGAGCAUUCCUCCGGCUCCCAUACAUGGGCAGAGGGGCGUGGCUUCUCAAAACAGUGUGGUGCAGGCCGGGACAAAAGGCUGAGUACAGGAUCAGUAUCCAGCAAUCAUUCAGCACCCAUUGAGCAGACAGACCUGGGAUGGAAGGAGGGUCACAUUCUGAAAGGCUUGAAGCGUCUCCAGAUGUGUAGCUCUAAAGAGGCAUCCUCACUUCCAUCUGUUCCACAUUGCAAAGAUUGUAUGACCUCUAAUGAGGGCAUAUAUUCACUUGGUGUCAAGUCUGGCCCUCAAGGGACUGCAGCCAAGCAAGUAACACCUGUAAACAAACCAUUCAAGGCUAGCACAGGAAUUGCUACCCAAGACUCUGAUGAUGCAGAUGAUGAAUCACCUAAAUUACCAAAUAAUGAAUCCAGUGACCGGCCAACCCAAGAACCUCUUUGCUUGGAAAAAUUGGAAUUCCCUCAGGAUGAUGACAGCAAAAUUCAAGAAGACCCUGCACAAAUUGCUGGGAAUUCUGGUCUUUUUCCAUCACCUGUCACAGAUAAUUUAAAGUUUUUAGAGGGCCCCACUGUUAAACCUGGUGUCAGCCCAACAGAUAGCCUAAUACGUAUGGAGGAAAAGAACAAAGAGUCACUGGAAAAACACAAGCAAUCUGGUAUGAAGUUAAGUGAUAAAAAUAAUAACCAGGAAAAGACUUCUGACCGGAAAUCCAGAUUUGAUCAAGUCAAAAGACAGCAGGCCAGACUUCCAGUUAAGUCAGUGGAGCAAGGGUCCAAUGAUGUGAGUUCAUGUAUUCAGCAUUCUGCUACAAAAGCUCUGAGCUGCAUGAAUGAAGCCAGACAACGUAGCUCCUCAAUGGAGGUUCCUCACUGCAGAGACCAGGCAAGUCAAGCUGGCAGUGAAAGCCCAGACCAUGCCAUUUCAGCAUCUCCACUGAGGACACAGAAACCUCAGCUUUGUGACUCUGCAAGAAAGGCUUUUAUUCUGCGAAGCAAAAGUGCCGAUGCAGGACAAGAACAACAGAAACACAUACAUUCUCCUCUCCACCAAAAGCUUAUUAAGAGUCACAAGUCCAAAGGACAGUCAAACCCUCCUGAGUACAGUGGUCCUGGCAAAAGGACAAAUCCCAAUAAAACACUUGGUUCAAGCAAGGGAGCAUUACCAAAAACUGAGAAAGAUGAGGACAUUGCUGCAACAACAACUUCCAAGUCUCUUGAGAAUGUGCAGCACCAUUCUUCCCUUGCUUCCCCCGUGAAACAUUCAAAGAACUUUAAGUCUCAAGGUGUCAGUGAAUGCUUGAAGAGCCCAACAAAACUACCUGUACAAGUUACUAGGUGUCAAUCAAGCAAUGAUUCUGUGGAAGAGAGUAUCUAUGACAAUUUAUCCUGCUCCCCACAAAAACAACAAUGCCAAGAACAACACUUAGAAGUGACCUGUUCAGGACCGAGAUCGCCAUCCCCACCACUUCCCCCUGGUCGAACAACAUCUCUUUUUCAUAGAUCUGGUGGGGAGUCCUUGCCCAAAGCUCAGAAAUCUGCAGGCCAGCACCAAAGCACUACAAGUGUAAAGACAGCAUCAAGCACAACUAAGCCACAAUCAAAUCAGCCUUCUUCCGUUUUACAGCCCCAGCAAUUCAACGCAGGAAAAGAUCAACAUCCAGGCCCAAAAAUGGAUGCUGAAGGUAUCAAGGCACUGAAGGAUGGCUUUGAAAAGGUCUACCAUUCCAGUUCAUCCAGAAUGCAAUCUAUACAAGUUCGUGAAAAACAAACAUUGACAUCUACUGACAGAACUAUGUCAUGCCAUGAUGAAAAUGGUGCUCGUUCUAUAUUGCCAAGUCAAAGCAUCUUACAAAGAUCUCAACAGAGCAUUAGUGAGCCAAAACUUUCUGAAGUAUUGCCUCAGACGUACUCUAAUAUGUACUACCAUGGAAUUGCACAUAAUCUUCAGAGUUCCACUUCAAGAGCAAUGAAAAUGGCUAUUCCUGUGAAUGCUAAAUCUCAUGAGGCAAUUGCUGGUCAGGAAACUGGUACUUUCCUAGUUUUCGGAAGACAGGGCAAAGAUGAUACAAACUCUGGGACUAAAGGUAUCCAGACGUUUCAGACUUUCACUUGUGAUCCCCAGAUAAUGAACGAAUGUGGGGCACAGGAGAAAGCUCGAAGAAAGAUUGAGACCCGCUGUAACUCACUUGACUCUGAUCCCACAGUUCAACCUAUUGCAGCAGACAGUGGUGUGAUGUUAGACUGGGGAUUUGAUGAGGAAGGCUGGCUGUUUAAACGGUCUGUCUCUGUGUCAACCAGACCUCCCUUUAAACCAGUGAUGGGUAUGAAUGGAGCCAAGGCUCGAAGCCAGAGUUUUGGUGCGCGCUACAUGGACAGACCAAGCUUCAACAGAUCUGGAAAGGUCCGAACACAGAUUAAAACACACUCAGGGAGCUCCUUGAACUCUCUUGGUGAUGUCCUUCCAGGAAGUAUGAGCUGCUCCAAUAGCUAUCAUUGUCCAAUGAAUCGAUCCCUCUUGAACAACUUCUUGAUUGAAGAAGGUUUGGCAGUUCCUGCUCACUUGGGGUCCUCCAGUGAAAGACUUCAAAGUCUUAAACUACAGCGAGAACAGGCCAGACGCCUCCAGAUUGAGCAGCAGUUUUCAAGCGCCUUUGGUGAGCCAGUGUCUGAGGAACCAGAAAGACAAAGCACCAUUACAACAAUUGAAGAGAAAGUUAUGCUUGGCAUUGAGGAAAAUUUACAUAAGUCUCAGGAACAGGAGAGAACCGUUGAAGUGAAACAAAAAUCUGGCUCAACCUUGGCAAAUUGGUUUGGUUUUCGUAAGAGUAAGCUUCCAGCUCCAAGUGGCAAAAAGACAGAUCCUCCUAAAGCAAAAGAAGAAAAAAGGGAGCAAAAGAUUACAUCUCUUCUGGGAGGAAAGCAGACCAAGUCUGACAAAAAGAGAGACCGAAGAAAAAGUGAUGGAAAAGACUGCUCUGUGGGGAGAAGAGAGUCUCAUGAUGCGGUGAGGGCAUGCAUCUCAAUGCCCUGCCCAGGAAUGUCCCUGAAUGAGAUACAAGGACAUACUGACAUCAUCGGGGACCCAAAGAUGAUGAACCGGAGAGCUGACAGUGAAAAUGGGUCUGCAGUGAAAAGCCCCAACCAGGAAUCUGUAAUAGGCUCUGGCUGCAAGAUGCGAACAUUGGACAGUGGAAUUGGGACCAUCCCCCUUCCUGAAUCCUGUUCCUUCUUCUCCUCCAUCUUGCACCUUCUCCCCAAAUCCUCAUCAACCCCAGAACAGUCUCUAAGUCCUCCCAGUGUCCCCAGUUCCUCCAGCGAGGAGGUGUCUCCUUCCCCUUUACCGCGAUGGAGGAUUCCCUCCAGCUUUAAGGACAGCAGCCAUGUGGGGGUUCCGAGCUCCCUGUCUGACUCCUCCAUGACCCAUAUCCCGUCAGUGCCUUUCCCCACUGUGGCCUUCCUCCAGCCCAUCCAACCCCAGUCUGAACCCAUUGUGACCUCCAGUAUGUGUGAUACCCAGAGCAGGCUACCCAGACCAGCAGCAGGUGAAAUGGAACCAAAGAAGAUGACCUAUAUCAAAUCGAAAACGAGAACCACUUCAAGUCAACAAAAAGAACAGUCAAGACUUCAGCUCGCGAACUAGUUUAUUUUGAAGCUGAACGGUUCAACCUGAGGCCAGGGAUGAAGCAAUCAGAUGAAUUUAUCACUCACACACAUGGAGGAUUCCUGAAUCCCACAGUUUUAGGGACACUGUGAAGCAAGAUGAAACACUGAACUGGACAAGUAAGCUUGGCAUUGUAGGCUUCCACCUGCAUUUCGUGUCGUGUUGAGAUACCAAGCAGUCAUUCAGAUGUUGCCAUAAAUCUCCUGGAAGCCAUUUUGGAGGUCUGCAGUCCAUUUCCAUUAGCUCUGUGCUGGUAAUUUACUCUCUAAAUGCACACCUCCUCUAUCUGUGCAGACUUCAUUUCUGCCUUUUGUUCUCAGACAAAAAUACAUCUUUGAAAAUGAAACAUAGCUAAGCAGAGCCACAGCGGCCCAGCGACCAACCGCUGUGAGGCUGGGAUGGAAAAACACAUCUUUAUGAGUCAGUUCAGUAGAUUGAGGUAAAGAGAGUCUAUGUCGAGUACUAAGAUAAAAUCAUUAUGUGUUAUAUAUAUAUAGUAUCAGCUGCUUUAAUCCCCGGUGGUAAAGGCUGUGUCAUUCAAUCUAGAAAAAAUAAGAGUCAGAUUGAAAUUGCAAAACAACUUCUAACACCUUGAAUUGUCAUUACUAAUUUACUGCAUGUGUUUGGAGAGUCUUCAGUCUCAUGAACAUAAUAUUUCAUGAAAGGUUUUUUGGGAAUUCCUUCAAAUUUGGCACAAAUACUCACCCAGACCCAAGGAUGAUGUAUAUUACAAUUAUGAUACAAUUUUACACAAAGGUGCAUUAGGAUAAAACAAUGAAGUGAUGUUCUAUAUCUAAAACGUUGAAGGUCAACUUCACUGUGACAUCAUAAGCUAAUAAUGUUAAAUCUAUAAGGCAACAUCCCUGACCUGAAGGUGACAAAAAUGCAGAAACAAACCAGUAGAAGCUGCCUCCAGAAAUAUUGUCUCCCAUAGAGUUUCACUUAACUUGAGAAAUACUAACAAUGUUUUUUAUCUAGAAAUCAGUCAACUUGUUUGUUUUAUGUGGAGCCUCUAAUUAAGUGGUCUGAUGGUCCAUCUUUAAAUUACCCCCCUGUUAAUAAAAGUUUAGGGUAAAUGGAAGGCUUUCGUUUUCUGCAUGUUAGGCUUUCAGAGCUUCUGUUUAUUGAAUAAAAUAUAUUUUUUCCUUGACAGACACCUUAGACCCACACAAAGGAGCUAUUCUCACUAACUCCUUACUUACAUUUGGACAGUCUUCAGUUACCUUUUAUUUAUUUAUUUUAUUUAUUUAUUUUUUGAUCCAUAGGGUGCUAGAUGUCAACUAUAGAUCAUUUAGUACUGACAGUUUGCAAAUAUUAAUUUACAUGUGGUCUGCAAUACUAAAGCAAUAUUUAUGAUUUCAGCAUUUCAAGUGACUGAUGUCACAUUAGAGAGGUACUGAUUUCCAUUCCAUUAAAAUAUAAAAAAAUACUGCCCCGUGCAGGAUUUUUGCUCUUUGUGCAUUAGUGCAGACCUUCAACAUGGCAUCAGCUGAGGUCCACUCAUCCAGUGGAAAACACAGGCUGCAUGCCCUUCAAGUCAUAUGCUGUUAUACUGUGUGAACAUUUUAACCAGCUGUUACAUGAAGAUGGUCAGUUUAUGUCAGCAAUAUAGUUUACAGCAAAACAUCAGGUGGAACCUUACAGUCUCAAGAUUACAAAAAUCUAUGAUUUCCAUUCUGGAAAUAUGUUUUGUACAGCACUAACUACUGAUUGCCAUUCAUGAGCUCUAUACCUGACUGAGUAAUGUGAUUCUUUAAAUUGUGCACUAACUUGUUGGACUUUUUCUUUUACUUUGCUGUCACAAUAUUUUUAAUGACCUGCAUGCAACCACCCAUCUGGCUUACUCCAUCCAUAGAAAUGAAGAUGAUAUUCUUACUGUAUGAAGAGUUUUAUUAGAAGAGCUGCAAAAAUACUGAUGUCAAACUCAGUGUGAAGUGGCUGUAAUUAUAAAAUGGUAAGCGCUGUUGGCAAUUGCCAUUCAAUUAUUUAAAAGCUGAAAUGGUGUGUAUUGUAAUCCUGCUGUGUUCAGGUUAUAUAAAUGCAGGGAUUCUGACAAAUUAUCAUCAUGUCACUGCUUAAGAAAUGAUCAGGUGUCUUGGUGUCUUUUCACCUGAUAGAAUAUUUUGAACACACUUCUGUGUUGGAUGUUAUCUGUGUGUGUUCCAUCAUGUCAUCUAAACUUAAUGAACAUUAGAACAUCUCUGAGCUCAGUGAAAAUAUGACAUUACAGUUAACUCUACACUGAACGUCUCCAUGCUUAAAUGGAUAUGUGUUGAUAUUUUGGGAUUAACUCAUAUCAUAUCACUCCUAUCAUAUAACCCUAUCAAACAAUAAUGUUUGCUAGGAAGUGGUUGAAUACUAACAUUAGUUGUUGUAAAUAGGUAAUGGGUCAUGAAACACAUUGUUUUUUUUUUCUUGAAAUAUGACCAUAGCAUAAUAAACUUAACAAUAUUUUUGUUUCUUAAAGUUUUUUUCAUUUACUUAGUGGUUUGGGUGACAGUUCCAUAAUUCUCUUCCAGCAUAUUGUAAUACCAGUGAACGGAAAGAAGACCUCUAUCCCUUUUUCUGGACACUGUUUUCAGGCUGUUGAGAAUCUACCUCAUGAUGGGAUGUUUUUACCACUCAUAGAUGAUGGUUAAAUAGGCGACUGAAUUCAAUCAUUACCAAUUAAACUAUAGAUUCCAUAAGGCACUACCGGGAUGUGAUUUUCCUUCUUUGCUUUGUAGCUCCACACAGAAGCUGAAGUCGAGGGAAACAGCAUCAGGUCAUCUAUAUUUAUUUUUAGUCUUUUGGUUCGGAUUGAGAAAAGAGGAUCAGCAGGAGAAAGGUGUGUAUUUUCAAGUCCCUACAUUUGUACAUCUUGAACACAGCAGUGUGACAUUAUCCCUUUGAUAACUGCACUUGACCUUCAAACUCUGACAAUGACAUAAGAGGGAAAUGGCCGCCGAGUGAAUACUGUCAAUUACAACUUUGUAGCGGUGCACCUAAAAUAACCUAAAGUGGUGCAUGUGUUGAAAUCCUGAAAUGAAACUCUUCAUAUGUGAACUGCAUUCUGCAUUCCGUACAUUUUCCCACAGUUAUGACAUCAAGACAAACCUGUGAGUUUUGCAUGUAAUGUUAGUGAUUCACUCCUAGUAGGGAUAUAGUGAACAUCGUUGUGCUAGCUCAGGGAAAAUACGAUAUAUUGUCUGAUAGAUGCUGUGGAUUUAAAACAUUAACACCAACUUCGACUAUAACCAUUUCAUUGUAGCUGGUGACAUUUCAAUGUAAUGGUUUAACUAUACUCAAUAUUUUUCCUUGUCAGUUUUUGUCUGUACAUUGAACUGUAAGAUAUACCAGAUAUACCAUGAUUGCUCAGUUUCUCUAUUCUGUAUGAUGUGUCCUUUAUGAUUAUUAGUAAUGUUUUUCGGUGUUAUGAAUGCAUCCUGACAUUUUUGACAGUUUUAGCUGCUUUGCAAUGUUUCCUCUCUCACAUCUUUGUCAUGUCCCCUGCCUUUCAUGUGUAGAUUUUUUGCCAAACACAUAUUGCCAAACACUGCUCUGAGCUACACAUAUAUACAGAAAAUGAAUGCAAGUAAAUCUACAUAUCAGACUUGUCAUGGUGACUAUAGCCAUAUUCUUUUGAAACACUAGUUUACAGUUUCACGUGAUGUAGAGCUACAUAUGAAACACUGUCAUGUUGCACAAUCUCACUAAUCACGUCAUGUUAUUUACCUCUGUUUCAAAUCUUUGCUCACUUGCUACAUGUGUAUGUUGAAGGUGAUGUGAAAAAUUGCAAACCAGUAGCAACACGCAGCUGUAAUAAAUGAAGAUAUGUAGCGUACACAGGUGAGUAGAGGCGUUCAUGGAUCAGGGAACAGAUUGGCUGUACUGAUACGGGUAGAUGGAGCAUGGUGUCUGUGUUUUUCAAAUGGCUCACAUAAUAAAGAGCGUCACUCUCACAAGAGUAUUGUAUUUUUCUAACAUUUACUCUAAUGCCCUGUAUUUGUACUCAGCACUGAUAAGUGUAAUUUACUAGUUAUUGCACAUAUUGUUACUCACUAUGACAGUAAUUCUCCUUUAAAAUGUUUUUUUAACAGCCAAUAAUAACAGUGAUGUUCUUGUGUGACAGUCACCUUACAGUAGCACUAUGAAUUAAAAACUGUAUAUGACCCAUAUUCUUUGUUUUAUGUAAAAGAAGAAGGAAAAAAUAAACUAUUUCAGUACUUAUACAACAUGAA